AUGAGCCUUACAGACAUUCUAUCCGCUUCUGACAUCGCUGCUGCUCUGCGGGACUGCCAAGCUCCAGAUUCCUUUAGUCCCAAAAAAUUCUUUCAGAUCAGUGGGAUGUCUAAAAAGAGUAGCAGCCAGCUCAAGGAGAUCUUCCGGAUUCUCGACAAUGAUCAAAGUGGCUUUAUUGAGGAAGAUGAGCUCAAGUAUUUCCUUCAGAGGUUUGAGUGUGGAGCCAGAGUGUUAACCACCUCAGAAACCAAGACCUUCAUGGCAGCUGCAGAUCAUGACGGGGAUGGUAAAAUCGGGGCUGAAGAAUUCCAGGAAAUGGUGCAGGCUUAG